AGCCGGCCGGCCCACCCAGCAUGCGGCGGCUCCGGAGGUUCGUGCAGCUGGUGGUUUUCUGUCCGCUCUCCAAAGGCCUGCAGAGCCGUCUUCCUGGGAUCAAAGUGAAGUACCUCUUCUUUGCCUGGCUGGGCAUUUUUGUGGGCAGCUGGAUGGUCUACAUGCAUUAUUCGUCCUACUCCGAGCUCUGCCGGGGGCACGUCUGCCAGGCGAUCAUUUGUGAUCAAUACAACAAAGGAAUCAUUUCAGGAUCAAUGUGCAAAGACCUUUGUGAGGACCACACCUUGGUGUUUGAACACUGCUUGUCACCUUCUCCCACCCAACAGGUUUACAGCGGCCUCUGGAAGGAGAAAGAAGUGAUUAUCAAAUGUGGCCUGGAAGAAGCCCUGAAGGCUGACAGCAACCCAGAUGCAGAUCCCAGGAGGGAUGUGCUUCUCUUCAACAAGCCAACGAGGGGAACAUCCAUGGAUGAAUUCCGAGAGAUGCUUCUGAAUUUCUUGAAGGCUGGCCUUGGGGAUCAAGCCUCCCUUACCAACUUGGUUAGCCAGAUUAUCGCCAUGGCCGACGUCAGUCGGGACGGGAAGCUUUCUUUGGCCGAAGCGAAAUCCAUUUGGGCCCUUCUGCAGCUGAACGACUUCCUGCUGACCUUCUCCCUGCACGAGAAGGAGCACACUCCCAGGCUGUUGGGGCACUGCGGUGACCUGUACCUCACAGAGAAGAUCCACCACACCUCCCUCCACACCAUGGACUUCCCUCCCUUCCUGCAGCCGCUGCUGCCUUCCGCUGUCCUCAGAGUCAUUCGCCAGUGGUUCUCCCCCGCCUGGCCCCGGCGGGCCAAAAUCGCCAUUGGACUUCUGGAAUUUGUGGAGGAGAUCUUCCACGGGACCUAUGGCAACUUCUACAUCUGCGAGGCCGGCUUCACCCACAUGGGGUACAAUAACAGAUACGACUUCAAAAUGGUGGACCUCAGGACGGUGGCUGCUGAGAUGACCAUCCAGAGGUUCCUGAAGGGCCGUCACUGUGAGCAAAACACGGACUGCACCUAUGGGAAGGACUGCGUGGCGCCGUGCGAUAAGCUCAUGAAGCAGUGCAAGAGCGACAUAGUCCAGCCCAACCUCGCCAAGGUGUGUGGGCUCCUGUUGGAGUACCUGCUGCACGGGGCCCCGAGCGACUUGAAGGAGGAGCUGCAGAAGCAGCUGAAAACAUGCACCACGCUCAGUGGGCUGGCCAGCCAAAUGGAGGUGCACCACUCGCUGGUGCUCAACAGCCUCAAGACCCUCUUGUGGAAGAAAAUUUCCAACACCCAAUAUUCCUAGAGAGGCCCUGGGAAGCCACAAGGACAAGGACAAGGAGGGCGGCUCCCCUCUUCCCAACUGAGUCUAAGGCCUCCGAGCAAGCAGGCCGCAGGGGAGCCACAUGGCCUCCACAGGCAGACGGGAAAAAAUUUUGGGAUGGGGAAGGAUGAGAAGAAAGGAAAGCAGUUUUUGUGGAACUGACGGGGAUUCUCCAGGUGAGCGUAGCUGGGGUGAGGAGAGAAUCGUUGUCUAUCUGAUGUAAA